AUUACCUCCUUCUUUCCAUUCAGGAAUUCUCACUCGAACAUAUGAAAGUUUUGUUUGCUCUGACAGCACAUUUAAUAAUUGGAAAGUAGUUGGAAAACUUGUUAAAAGCAAAGAGAAAGAUAAUAUUGCCAUAUAUUUGAAUUUUGAUAUGUUAGGAAGUCCGAAUUAUAUACCAUUUAUUUUACGAGGUUCGGAUGCACCAUCAGACGCAAGAAAAGGGUCAAUAAGAAUUCAGCAAAUGUUUUCAAAUGAAUUCAAUAGAUUAAACAAACCCUACGAUGUUUCUAGCAUGUUGGAUGGUAGUGACUUUUUACCUUUCGUUCAAAAUGGAAUUCCAUCAGGUGGUCUUUAUACUGGAUCAAGUGAAAUAAAAAACAGUGAAUCAAAACAAAAAUUUGGUGGAGUUGCUAAUGUCCCUUUAGAUCCUUGUAACCAUCAAGCAUGUGACAAUUUGGAUAACGUUAACAAAGAUGCUAUUUUCGUGAUGUCAAAGGUUGCUUUGGAAGUAAUUUUUAAAUUUGGAAUUAAAAAAGAUUUGAGAGAUUAUUUGAAUGGAGAAAAUAUCUAA